UAUAAAUAAGACCCAGCCAUCUUCCCCCUACCACCAGCCAUCCUCAAGGGUGACACGAGUGGACGCUAGGACCGUAGUAAUAACACCUGGCAAGUAAAGUUGUCAACAUGGUUCACGAAACAGCAUACUACGAUCUUCUGGGUGUGAGCCCCAAAUCUUCUGCGGAUGAGCUCAAAAAAGCUUACAGAAAACUCGCAUUGAAAUAUCACCCCGACAAGAACCCCGAUGAAGGAGAUAAGUUCAAACUUAUAUCUCAAGCAUAUGAGGUGCUGUCAGAUCCAAAGAAAAGGGAUCUGUAUGACCAAGGAGGGGAACAAGCAAUCAAAGAGGGCGGCAUGGGCGGAGGAGCCCCAAUGGACAUUUUCAACAUGUUCUUUGGAGGUGGAGGAAGGAUGCAGAGAGAGAGAAGAGGGAAGAAUGUUGUCCACCAGCUCAGUGUUUCACUGGAGGAGAUGUACAAUGGCACCACCAGGAAGCUUGCACUCCAGAAGAAUGUAAUUUGUGAGAAGUGUGAUGGGUAUGGAGGUAAGAAAGGUACCUUGGAGAAGUGCUCAACCUGUAAAGGAAGAGGAGUACAGAUCAAGGUGCAACAGAUUGGGCCAGGCAUGAUCCAGCAGAUCCAAAGUAUGUGUGGAGACUGCUCGGGACAGGGAGAGUCAUUCAGCUCAAAGGACCGCUGCAAGAACUGUAAUGGACAGAAAGUAGAACGCAAGAAGAAAAUUAUUGAAGUUCACAUUGACAAAGGUAUGAAAGAUGGUCAGAAAAUUACAUUCAAUGGAGAAGGGGACCAGGAACCUGGACUGGAACCUGGAGAUGUGUACAUUGUGCUGGAUCAGAAGGAGCACUCCGUUUUCCAGAGACAAGAUGACAAUUUGAUAAUGAAGAUGAACAUCAGACUUGUGGAGGCCCUGUGUGGUUUCAAGAAGACCGUUCAGACGCUAGACAACAGGACAAUCAUUGUUACCUCCCAGCCAGGUGAAAUAAUCAAGCCUGACGACGUUAAAUGUGUGGAGAAUGAAGGCAUGCCAAUUUACAGGGAUCCUUACGAUAGGGGACAACUUAUCAUUCAGUUUGAGGUGGAAUUUCCAGAAAAAGACUGGCUCCCAGAGCAUCUCAUGUACCAGCUGGAAAGACUGCUUCCUCCCAGGGAUGAUGUGAUGAUUACUGAUGAAAUGGAGGAGGUGGACCUCUGUGAGGUGGAUAUGCGGAAACAGCAGAAAAACUCCAACAGGGAAGCAUAUGAGGAAGAUGAUGAGGGUCCCAGGGGCAGCGGAGUACAGUGUCAGACACAGUGAUUGUAGUCUGUGAUACAAAGGUUUGACCAAUGCCUUUUAAAGUCCCGUUUUUCACAAAGUAAUGUACUGCGUUUAGUUUGUAACAGUUGCCAAUGUUGUUUUUGUGUGUCUUUUCUUGGAACAUAAAUAUGCAAGUGGAGUACUUCUUUCUCAUGUCAUUAUGUUGUGCUCCCAGUUAUCAAAACAGUAUUUUGAUGUUCUCUAUUUAAGAUUUAUGUAUUUUAUAUGUAUGUGUUUCCUAAGAAAUAUAAGACACAAACAAAUUCAUCCACAAACUGAAAUGACUACUCGUAUGCUUUCUGUGAAGGUAAUUUCAGUCAUGACAAACGGUUUUCAUUAUUUCUCAAUAAAGACCCCGAAUGCU